AGCUGGCUGGUUAUAGCAGCACAGAUCCAAGUCCUUAACCUUGAGAAGGAGCUUCUGUUUUGUUUACUGCUGCAUUAACAGAAGAAUCUAAUAGUUUGCUUCAGGGUUGUGCUGGUUUGUCUUCUUCUGAGCAGACGAGUUUCCUCUUCAGUCCGGAUUUCGGAGCCUUGACAUCGAUGGGAUUUGUGUUUGACGUGAAAACUGAGAUUUAAUUUUGCUUUAGCAAGAAGAAACCAUGGCUACACCCAACGACCUGCUGGGAAUAUUGGAGAAUCUGGAUGAUGCAGAAUUUAAAAAGUUCAAAUGGUUCCUGCAGCAGGCUGAGGUCUUGGACGGCUUCCCAGCAAUCCCAAAGAGCCAGCUGCAGAAGGCUGACAGGACGGACACGGUGGAUGAGAUCACAGACGCCCACCACAAAAACGCUGUGGAAGUGACUGUUAAAGUUUUGAGGCUGAUCCAGAAGAACGACUUGGUGCAGCGCUUAUUAAUCUUGAACUCAACAUCAAAAGAAACUCUCACUGCCUGCCAAAAAACACUCAAAUCCAAUGUGCAGAAGAGAUUUCAGCAUUUGUUUGAAAAAGCCUCUAAAUCUGGAAAUCAGAUGCUGAUAAAUGACAUCUACAAUGAGCUGUAUAUCACAGAGACAAGAAAAAAUGAAACAGGAUCCAGCAAAACUGAGCAAACUAUCAACAUGGAAGACUUCUUCAAAACCACACCUAGUCAACAUGCACCAAUGAGAACACUGAUGACCAAAGCGGGGUCUGGUGUUGGGAAAACUGUCUUGACACAAAAGUUUGCUUUGGAUUGGGCUGAAGACAAAAUGUUUAAAGACAUACAAUUUGUGUUUCCGCUCACUUUCCGAGAGUUGAACUUGCUGAAGGACAGAGAAUGCAGCUGGAUACAACUUCUUCAUCACUUCUUUGCUGAUAUCAAAGAAGCAGGAAACUGCGGCUUUGAUAAGCUCCACACUGUGUUUAUCCUCGAUGGUCUGGACGAGUGUCGGCUUCCUCUGGACUUGCACAACAACGAGAUCUUGACUGAUGUUACUGAAUCAGCCUCAGUAGACGCUUUGCUCACAAACCUCAUCACAGGGAAAGUGUUCCCUACUGCUCGUGUCUGGAUCACCACAACACCCGAGGCAGCCGGUCAAAUCCCUCCAGGGUACGUUCACAUGGUGACAGAGGUGAGAGGGUUCACUGAUGCAAAGAAGGAUGAGUACCUCAGGAAGAGAUUCAGAAAUAAGGAGUUGGCCAACAGAAUCAUCUCCCACAUCAAAGCAUCAAGAAGUCUCCACAUCAUGUGCCGCAUCCCAGUCUUCUGUUGGAUCACUGCGACAGUUCUGGAGGACAAGUUGAAAACCAGCGAGACAGGAGAGCUGCCCAAGUCCUUGACUGAGAUGUACGCACACUUCCUGUUGGUUCAGUGCAAAGUGGGAAAUGAAGGAGCUGAAACACAUCCACGUUGGAUCACAGAGACCAGUAAGAUGAUUCUGUCACUGGGAAAACUGGCUUUUGAGCAGUUGAAGAAAGAAAACCUGAUGUUCUGUGAAACAGAUCUUGCAGAAUGUGGCAUACAUCCCAGAGUUGCCUCAUUCUACCCAGGCGUGUUCUCAAAUAUCUUGAAAGAAGAGCUUGGCCCAAACCAAGGCAAACUUUUCAGUUUCGUCCAUUUGAGCUUUCAGGAAUUUCUGUCUGCUCUUCAUGUCAUCGUGUCAUUCAUCAACUCUGGUGUUAACCUCUUGUCUGAAGAAGACUCAACCUCCCAACAGUCUGCAGUGAACCCAGACCAACCUGCAGGAAAACACCUCUUCCAGAGGGCAGUAGACGAGGCUUUACAGAGCCCUAAUGGACACCUGGACUUGUUUCUGCGAUUCCUUGUUGGCCUCUCACUGCAGACCAAUCAAGUGCUUCUUCAAGACCUGAUAAACCAAUCAGGAAGUAGCUUUCAGCCCAAUCAGGAGACAGUCCAGUACAUCAAACAGAAGAUCCAGGAGAAGCCAUCUCCAGACAGAUGCAUCAUCCUCUUCCACUGUUUGAUGGAGCUGAAAGAUCAUUCUCUAGUGGAGGAGAUCCAACAGUACCUGAGUUCAGAUAGUCUGUCCUCAAACAAACUGUCUGCUGCUCAGUGGUCAGCUCUUGUCUCCAUCUUACUGUCUUCAGAGCUGGAUGUGUUUGACCUGAAGAAAUUCUGUCCUUCAGAAAAAGGUCUUCUACAGUUGCUGCCACUGGUUCAAGCCUCCAGUGUAUCUCUGCUGAGGGGCUGUAAGCUAUCUAAGAGAAGCUGUAAAGCUCUGGCCUCAGUUCUCAGCUCUCAGUCCUGUAAACUGAGAGAACUGGACCUGAGCUACAACGAUGUGAAGGAUGCAGGCGUCCAGGAGCUCAUCGGAGGCUUGAAGAAUCCACUAUGCAGACUGGAAACUCUCAGGCUGAGUAGCUGUAAUCUGUCAUCUGAAAGUGGUAAAGCUCUGUCCUCAGUUCUCAGCUGUCAGUCCUCCAGUCUUAAAGAGCUGGACCUUAGUAACAACUACCUGAAGGACUCAGGAAUACAGCAGCUCUCUCUGGGAUUGGAGAGUCCACGAUGUAGACUUGAAAUCCUCAGACUGACUGACUGUGCACUGACGUGGAAAGGUUGUGACUCUGUGGCCUUUUUCCUGAGCUCCAGCGUUAGACAGCUGGACCUGAGUAUGAACAACCUGCAGGACUCUGGAGUGCAGGUGUUCACCACCGGACUGGAGAAUCCACGCUGUAAACUGGAGACACUCAGGCUGACUUCUUGUAACCUGUCAGGACAGAGCUGUGAUAUUCUGGCCUCAGUUCUCGCCUCACAGACCUCCAGCUUGAGAGUGUUGGAGUUGAACAACAACAACCUGCAGGAUUCUGGAGUGAAGCUUCUUUCUGUUGGACUGGAGAGUCCAUGCUGUAAGCUGGAAGCUCUCAGGCUGACUAACUGUCGGCUGUCAGAGGGAAGCUGUGAACCUCUGGCCUCAACUCUCAGCUCAGAGACUUCCAGUUUGAAAGAGUUGGACCUGAGCAACAACGACCUGCAGGAUUCAGGAGUGAAGCUGAUUUCUGCUGGACUCCAGAGUCCUCAGUGUAUCCUGGAAACUCUCAGACUGUCGGGCUGCCUGGUCACAGAGGAAGGCUGUUCCUCUCUGGCAUCGGCUCUGAGCUUCAACCCGUCCCAUCUGAGAGAGCUGGACCUGAGCUACAACCAUCCAGGAGACUCCGGGGUGAAGCUGCUCUCAGCUGGACUGGAGGAUCCACAGUGGAGACUGGAAACACUGAAGAUGGAGCAUUGCGGAGAGCAGAGGAUAAAACGGGGUCUGUGGAAGUAUGCUUGUGAACUCACACUGGACCCAAACACAGCUCACAGGAAUCUUCUUCUGUCUGAGGACAACAGAGAGGUGACAUUAGUGGAAGAAGACCAGCCUUAUCACUUUCAUCCAGACAGAUUUGACACCUUCAAGCAGCUGCUCUGCAGGAACGGACUGACCGGUCGCUGCUACUGGGAAGUCAAGAUUAAAAAUUGCUUUCAUGUAGCGGUGGCUUACAGAGGAAUCAGCAGGAGAGGAGAAGGUGAUGACUGCAAGCUUGGAGGGAAUGACAAGUCCUGGGGUCUGUACUCCUAUCUAAUGGGUCGGUCUGUUUGGCACAAUAACACAGAAACAGCUAAAAGUGUGCAUUUUGAAAAAUCUGACAGAGUAGCAGUGUAUCUGGACUGGCCGGCUGGCUUUGUGUCCUUCUACAAAGUCUCCUCUGACACUCAGAUCCACAUCCACACCUUUGACUGCAGGUUCACUGAGCCUCUCUACCCUGGCUUUGGCUUGGAGUAUAGGGAUGGUGGAUUUACCACAUCAUAUGGCAACUCCUCGGUGUCUUUGUGUCCGAUUGAUGAGACUCCAGUCAGUCAGACAAUAUAGCGCAGAAUCAUGAGUGUUACGAAUUGCUGGUGAAAAUGCUUUUGCUUCCUUGGGUUCAGACAUCUCUCAUCUAUCAUUUCAU